CUUCGUUUUUCCGACCGUGUCAGGAAGCAUUUAAGUCGGAGUGCGUCAAAACACUAGCGCUGUAAAAUAUAAACUGAAUCGCUGUUUAUUUCAGCUCGCUACAAUGUCUUUCACUACUUUCUUAAUCGUGAUGCUUCUAACUUCGUUUGUUUACGGUAGCAACAAGAACUGCAGCGUUGGGCCUUGCUUUCCUACUUCAAGAGAGAUAGCAAGUAAAUUCUCAGUUCAAGCGAAUUCCACAUGUGGUGUCGAUAAAGCUGAAGAAUAUUGUCUUCCUUCUAGUCUUGACUGCAACCAAAUUUGUAAUGACAGCAAUGCUAAGGCUAACCAAAGUCACUCUGCCACUUAUAUUAACGAUGCAUUUGCUUUAAAUACAUUCUGGAAGUCUGUAAAUAUGGAUCGACCAGUGUUUUUACAGUUCGACUUUGGCGUACAGUUCAUGGUUUAUCGUUCUGUAGCGACGUUUGAGUUCGAGCUUCCUGCUGCCAUGUACUUCGCGAAGUCGCAAGACAACGGCCUGGAUUUUCGACCUCUUGCUUUCUAUGCCACUGCUUGCAGUAACUUCUUUUAUAUGACGGAAACUCCGAUUAACAGAUUGAAUGGUUUGGCGGUGGAAUGCUUUAAAAUCGAUCCCACAAAUAACCCAGCUAAACAAAUUGAGUAUGGCCCUAUGAGAGACCCAGCAACAUCCCAAGGGAUCGUCGCCAGCUAUCAAAACCAGACAUACUUUGUCAUGACCAAUCUUCGUCUUGUUCUGGUCAGCUACAUAAC